AUGGACAACAAUCCCUCCCUGUCCUCCAGAAACACCAGGAAUGAACCAUAUGACGAUCCUUUUUCUGACCAUUCUCGCCUCCAGGCUCCCUAUCGGGGCCCUGACCCUCUCUCCCAGGCGGAUGGGCGUUCCCUGACCUCGCGCCCUUACGGAAGCUCGACCAGCCUGGCUCAAGAUCCCCAGAAUGAGAUGUACGAUGACGACGAAUAUGUCGAAAAGUUGCCUUUGAACGUUGGCCAGGGUUUUGCUGGUGGAUUCUACCCCCCUCCACAGCCUGUAGACCCCAAUAGUUUUGGUGAUCCAUAUGCGGAUGGAAGACCCAUGUCCGUCGUUUCUACCUCUACAAAUGGCAUGGACAAUGCCUGGAGACGGAGGCAAACCAUCAAGCGUGGCGUGACCCGCAAGGUAAAGCUCACCAAUGGAAACUUCAUUGCGGAAUAUCCUGUCCCUACACCUGUCUACUCUGCUAUCGAGGCAAAAUACAAGUCCGCGAAUACGACGGAAUUCUCACACAUGCGAUACACCGCCGCCACGUGCGACCCUGAUGAGUUCAACGAAGCAAAUGGCUGGUCCCUGCGCACAAAGAUGUACAAUCGCCAAACCGAGCUGUUAAUUGCGGUGACGUCAUAUAACGAAGACAAAACCCUGUAUGCCAGAACCCUGCAUGGUGUCAUGCUCAACAUCCGUGACAUCUGCAAAACAAAGCAAUCAAAGUUUUGGCGAAGUCACACAGAAGACGGCAACCCUGCAUGGCAAAAGAUUACUGUCGCUCUUAUCGUCGAUGGGCUGGAACCUAUGGACAAGAGUGUACUGGAUGUCCUGGCUACUGUCGGUGUCUACCAAGAUGGUGUCAUGAAGAAACAAGUCGAUGAAAAAGACACGGUCGCUCAUAUUUUUGAGUAUACCACCCAGCUAUCCGUAGACGCUACACCACAGCUUGUCCUUCCUCAAGCAAACGAUGGCAACAACCUCGUUCCUGUGCAAAUUAUCUUCAUUCUGAAAGCCAAGAAUCAGAAAAAGAUCAACUCGCAUCGUUGGCUUUUUAACGCCGUCGGUAAAAUGCUCCAGCCUGAGGUUUGUGUUCUCAUUGACGCAGGUACCAAGCCCGGUCACAAGUCCAUCUUCUAUCUUUGGGAAGCAUUUUACAACGACCCUAAUCUCGGAGGAUGCUGUGGUGAAAUUCACGCCAUGAUCAAGGGUGGCAAAAAACUUCUCAAUCCUCUCGUCGCUGCUCAAAACUUUGAGUACAAAAUGUCCAAUAUUCUGGACAAACCGCUGGAGAGUAGCUUUGGCUACGUCUCAGUGCUGCCCGGUGCAUUCUCAGCAUACCGAUUCCGUGCCAUUUUGGGAAGGCCACUCGAACAGUACUUCCAUGGUGACCACUCGCUCGCUGAUCGCCUUGGGCAGAAGGGUAUAUAUGGGAUGAAUAUUUUCACUAAAAACAUGUUUUUGGCCGAGGAUCGUAUUCUUUGCUUUGAGCUUGUCGCAAAGGCUGGAGAGCGCUGGACGCUUACUUAUGUCAAGCCAAGCAAGGCCGAAACGGAUGUUCCAGAAACUGCAGUCGAACUCAUCGGCCAACGUCGACGAUGGUUGAAUGGAUCUUUUGCAGCUUCAGUCUACGCUCUCGUCCACUUCUUCUCCUUUUACAAGUCUGGUCACGGGCCUCUUCGAAUGGUCGCGCUGCAUAUCCAAGCCUUGUACAACGUUUUCUCACUCGUCUUUUCAUGGUUCGCAUUGGCCAAUCUCUGGUUAACAUUCAGCAUCAUCAUCGAUCUGCUCCCGGCGCAAAAAAUCUAUCUUUUUGGGAAUUUGGUCAUCACUCAUUGGGUUAAUUUGGCGUUCAAGUGGAUAUACCUGUCGUUCCUCGCGCUGCAGUUCAUCUUGGCUCUGGGUAAUCGGCCGAAGGGUGAACGAGUUCCGUAUGCUGUCACUUUAUGGGUCUAUGCGUUCCUCGCUGUUUAUCUGCUUGUCUGCUCUGUCUGGUUGACGGUGUUGUCCUUCAAACAACUUCCUUCUCAAAUUCAAGGAAAAUCCUUCCAGGAUGCCGUGUUUAACACAACUUUGGGACCUUUAUCGGCUGCGAUCGUGUCAACGUUUGGUAUAUACAUCAUCGCGUCGUUCCUCUACCGUGAUCCCUGGCACAUGUUCUCUAGUUUCCUUCAAUAUCUGUGUCUCGCUCCCAGUUUCACGAAUGUGCUGAACGUUUAUGCGUUUUGCAAUCUGCACGAUGUUUCGUGGGGGACUAAGGGAAGCGAUAAAGCGGAAGCACUCCCCUCUGUCUCAUCAUCGAAGAACAAAGACACGGACGUCGCCGUCGUCGAAGACCAGACACAAGCACAGGCCGACGUGGACGCUGCAUUCAAAGAGACAGUCACCCGAGCAAUCACGAAGAUCAAUAAGAAGGAGGUACCCGAAAAACCGACGUUGGAUGAUCAGAACAAGACGUUCCGCACGCGCCUUGUUGCGGUGUGGAUGCUGACGAAUGCGACGCUUGCGAUUGCGAUUGAGAAUAUUAAUAGUGUGCCGAGUCAGGAUUUGGAGAAGGAUGAGCAGGCGCUGGCGAAGAAGCAGAGCACGUAUUUUGCGUUUAUUUUGUAUUCGACGUUUGGGCUUAGCGCGGUUAGGUUUGCUGGGUGUUUGUAUUACUUCUUGAAGAGGAACCUGUUCAGAUGGUUCCGCCGGAACUGA